AUGGAGAGCAAAAAUCUGAACCUGUGGGUAAAGAAAUGCGAGUUCCGGAUGGAAUCACGUCAGUCUAUUCUACAAAUAAUAGAACAGAAUGAUUAUCUAGCAUCAUUGGACCUCUGGGAAGCUUAUCUGCAGCACAUUCCAAUUCACCCUUCUUACAGGCAGUUCUUGUGCUUUUCCUUUCAAGGCCAGUAUUAUCAGUACAAAUCAUUGCCUUUUGACCUCUCAUCUUCACUGAGAGUGUUCACCAAGGCAGUAGUUGCUCUGGUAGUUUUCCUGAGACAGCUUCCCGCAGUGUUUUCAACUUGGGUGCCGGUGGAGGAAAUUUGCAGAGUGUCUACUUCGUCCACGUUUUCCACGUUUGUGAGACAUUAUAGAAUUGACCAGUUAAAUUCCAUUGAAGCAGCAUUUGGCAGAAGAGUUUUACAAGAAAUGACACUGGAAGAUACAGUGCUGCAUCCCAGAGCUAGCAGGGAUGACAAAGCGUUGACUGUGCGAGGCGAAGGAGAAAGAGCUGCACCCACAACUGUCCCAGCCAGGAUUCGACAGAUCAUCACACAGAGCUUGUCUGAACCAGCAUCCCAAGGUUUAUUGGAAACAACCUUUCCAAUGAAUAUGCAAGAAGAAAACCGCCUACUGCAGAAGGAACUCUCACGUCUUGAAGACCUGCUGGCACAAACCCGUGCCGAGAAAGAUGAACUAUCUAGCAAAUACCAGGCUAUUAAUGAGAGGCUGGAACAAGCUCUGCAAGGAGAGGAGGAAGGAAACACACUUUUCCUGCAGAUGAGGCAGCAGUUCAAAGAGGAUGAGAAAACAUACAAGCACAAGCUGCAGGCCUUUCAGGACGGGCAGGAGCGCCAGGCUCAACUAGUGCAGAAGAUGCAGAACAAGAUGCUGCAAUACAAGAAAAGAUGUGGGGAACUGGAGCAGCAACUGCUGGAGAAAACCUCUGAGUGCGAGCAUCAGAAACAGAUGCUCCAAACACGUUUAGACUCAACAGAGUUGCGUUUACGUCGUUUUGAGCAUGACCACAAUACAGAGUUGGAGAGUGCCCUCAUCCGCUUGGAGGAAGAGCAACAGAGGAGUACCAACCUUUCCCAGAUGAAUACUCUGCUGCGGGAACAGCUGGAUCAGAUGAAGUCUUCAAAUCAGAGACUAGCAGGAGAGCUCGAAAAGGCAGCUAUGGAUUUGCAAAUUCUGAGGAAUGAAAUGGAACAGAAAGAAUCACAGUUGCACAAGGGCAGGGAGAGUUGUAGUUCAUAUUUAAGCAGUGAGCACAGUGGAAUCCUUUUGCUAUGGCGGCAAGCUGCAAUACUUCGUGGCAACUUUGCAGAGCUCCGCACCACAGUGGAGAGAGGUUUUGCUGAAACAGGAACUGACAUGGCAAGAGUAGGUCGCCGCCUCCAGACAGCCUGUCUCAAUUUGGAUUCUAACCUGCGUCUCUCUGAAAGCAGCUCUGCUUGUUUGCUGGAGAAGCAGCUUCGUGACAAAGUCCGGGAGAUGAUGCAGCAGCAAAGUCUCUGGGAUGGAGAAAAGGCUGGCCUAAACUCCAGGAUUACAGAGCUAACUGCUUUAGGAGAUAAACUUAAAGAACAGAACACAAAGAAAGAGAAGACCAUCUCUGCCUUAAAAAUGGACAUUCAGAAAUUGGAGACCAGUAAGAUUGGCGAUCUAGAAGAGGUGAAGGACCUAAAGGAGGAAAUUGACUCUUUGCAGCGUAUCUUGAACAGUAUCACACAGUUGGCCCUGGCUGAAUCUAAAAGCACAGGACUUACCUCCUCGGAAAGUGCAAAAACUGCAGCAGAGGAGGAGGUCCUAUGGCGUACUUCCCCUCUGCGCUCCAGCUCUCCCCAUCGUCGGUGGACAUCGCCAUCCCGGACACGUUCUCCCGGGCCAAACAGAGCAUUGCAGUCAGUGCAGGCUGUUAUCCAGCAAUCACAGCAGCGUGAACAGGAGUUGCGUGUGCAGCUGGAGUCUUGCCGGGAUGCACUGGGAUCUGUCAAGAAGCAGCUUUCUGACUACCAGCAGGAAGCACAGGCAGCAAACAGGCGGCUGCAGGAACAGAGAGAGGAAUGUGAAGCACUUACUGGGACCUUAGAAGAUUGCAGGCAGGAACUGCAACGCUGGAAAGCCUCCGUGGAAAAUCUAGGAAGGGAGAAGCAAACCUUGGAGUUGGCUGUGGAAAGCCUGACUCGGCAACUUGACUCCUCCCACCUGGAGGGGGAGAAGCUGAAGAUUACGAAUGGAGAACUGCAGAGACAGCGGAAACUCCUGCAGGAGCAGAAGGAGGAUGUGAUUAAGGAAAGGGAGAGAACAAGGAAGGAGCUGGAGCGUGGGCAAAGGUCCCUGGAAUGGCUUGAAGAAAAGAUGUCAACCCUGAAGAAGGAGCUGGUGACCAUCAAGGAGUCUUUGAACCAGGCCAUGUUGGAGAAGGAUGUGCUAGAGAGUGCUAAGGAAGGCUUGAGUGGAGCACUUUCAAAAGUUGAAGCCACCAAUGCUGAGCUUCAGCUCUCCAUCCACAAGAUGAAAUCAGAGGAUGCUGAACUGAGAGACUCGCUGGCCAAGAUGGGAGCUCUGAAUGAAGGGUUGGCUCAGGACAAAGUCGACCUCAAUCGCAUAAUCCUGCAGCUUGAAGAGGAGAAGAGCAGACUGCUGAGCAGGAAGCGGGAACUAGAACAAGAACAAGGUGGUUGGCGUGACCAGCUGGUCCACUUAGAGCAGGAGCUGCUGCACACAAGGGCAGAGAAGCAAAGUCUGGAGCACAGCUUCCAGGCCUCAGAAGAGAAGCAGGAGAGACUGGAUGAGGAGAUAUCCUUGUUGCGCAGGGAGAGAAUCCAGCUGCAGGACCAAAUAAUGCAGCUGAGCAGCCAGAAACAAACUCUUGGUGAGCAACUGGCGCACAGCCACCGAGAGAUGGAAGUGCAAGCAGACUCCUUGUUCAGCGCCCUACAGGAAAAAGAAAAAAUGGCUAAAGAGAAGGCACAACUUACUGUGGAGCUCACUGCACUGGAGAGACACAGGAAAUUGCUAACAGAAGAGGCAGAUACUCUUAGAGUGGAGAAGGAAUCCUUGGAAACCAGCCUUUUUGAGGCACAAGAGCUCGUAGCUCAGCUGGAGGCCCGCAAGGAACAACUAGAAGGAGAGAAACAGGGGACUGAACUUACCAAGCAGACUCUCCAAGUGGAAUUGGGGAAAGCUCGGCAUGAGCUUGAGCUCCAGGAAACCACGCUGAAAAGAGAAAGAGAGAUGUUGAAACACCAGCUAACUGAGGUGGAACAAGAGUGCCAGCUGGCCAUAAAGAACCAAAAGCUGACUUUUGAAAAGGACCUUGGGUGCCUCAGAAAAGAGAAGGAGACCCUGCGUCAAGCACUGACUGAGGAAAAGGAUGAGAUUGUGCAUCAGCUUCAGCAGGAGAAGGAAGAACUAGUGUCCAGAAAUGAAGCCGAGAAGAGGGAGCUCAUGGAGGAAAUCCUUACUUUGCAGCAGAACCAGGAAGAAAGCCUCCUCUCGUUAGAGAAUGAAAAACAGAAGGCUCUGUCCCAGAAGGAAGUAGAGAAGAAUCUUCUUUUGGAAAAGCUGAGUGAUGCUCAGCGGGAACUCACGGCUGCCAGGGCAGAAACUGACAGGGUGCUGCUGGAAGCUCGGAAUCGGCAUGAGCAGAAUAAGAACACAGUUGCUAGCAUCACUGAUGAGCUACGGACCUUCCAGGCACGGUUUGAAGAUGCAGUGGUUGCCCACCAGAAAGAGGUGAAGCGCUUGAAUGAUCACAUAAAGGAGCUGGCAAGAGAAAAGGAGCUCAUGGGGAGGGAGGCAGAACAGUUGAGGGCACAACUGCGGCUGGCAGAUGAUACCCAUGCAGGAGUUCGUAAGGAAGUGGUUGAACUUCAUUGCAGGUUGCAGGAGACUGAAGAGGCCCGUGAUCAUCAACAGAAGGAGCUGCUGGAAAUCCAAAGGGCUUUGAUAGAUGAGAGCAGGGAAAAAGAAGCACUACAAAAGUCCAACUCUGAACUCAGAGCAGCCAUCAAGAAAGCAGAGAAUGAGAGACUCAGUUUGCAGAGAUCCAAGGAUGAGAAAGAACAGAAGGUUGCCAUCCUGGAGGAAGCACAAGGAGCAUUUGAGAGAGAGUUGGGAGAGCUCCGAGCAAAUCUGCGGGAUGUGGAAAAGUCUCGCAUGGAAGCCCGAAGGGAACUUCAGGAACUGCGUAGACAGGUGAAGACCCUCGAGAGUGAGAACAGCAAGCAAGCCCAAGAAAUCACUGAGCUGCAGCAUCGAUUGCUACAAGAAGAGCAACAAGGACAGCAGAGCAGCAAAGAAGCCCUGGAACUGAAGCAGAAGAUAAGUGAUCUGGAGACUGGCCGCGAAUCUGCUCACAAGGAGAUGUUGAGUUUGCAGAAAAAGUUGUCUGCCAUAGAGGCAGAGGCUCGACUGCGAGAGCAGGAUCUCACGCAGAGCCUUGCAGAGAGCCAUUGCAGAGAGAAGAAGCUGAAGGAUGAUCUCCAUAGCCUGGAGAUGAAGCUGCAGGAGGCAAACAGGAUGGGCGAUAGCCUCCAGAUGCGCCUCAGCACCUGUGAGGGACGCACCCAUGGCUUAGACAUAGAGCUGGCCAAAGCUGAAACUGCUAAGAGGGAGGUUGAGCUGAAGCUGGUGGCACUGCACUCAACUCUGCGCCGAACACUUGGGCUGGGCAGUCGGAGUCCAUCACCACAACGAUCCAGCUCCCCAGUCAAAGGAACCAGUGGCCAACAAACACCUGCCUCCCACACUGGAUCUCCUGAGAGGAGCCGCUCACGUUCCCCAUGUAAGCAGACAUCUCCUCUCAGAGGUGAGCAUAGCACGAGUGAAAUUGACCCGGAAGUAGUCCGAGAUGCUUUGAAGGGCUUCCUUCAAGAGCUACGAGAUACUCAGAGAGAGAGGGAUGACCUGAGGAUUCAGGUGAUGAAUAUGAGCCGUCAGAUAAGUGAAAUGGAGUCCGACCGUGACCAGACAAAGAAUCGAAUCUUGCAGCUUCAGAAAGUCUUAGCAGACUGUGAAGAAGGCAAACGGGGAACAGAUGGACGUCUGAGUAGCGCUCAGGCAGCACUGAUGCUACAAGAGGAGACAAUUCAGGCAGCAGAGAGGGAGCGACAGGCAUGUGCAGAGCAGGUGGUCACCCUAGAGCACAACUUGCACAUUUGUCAGGCAAAAAACAGGGAUCUGCAGGAAAAAGUCAGUAAAUUGAAAGCCAAGGAGGCCAAGCUUGAGACAGAAAAAUGGAAGUUAAAGGAAGUCCUGGAAGCAGCAGAAAGCAGGGCCACCAAGCUGGAGCUGAGCCGCAGAGCUGUGGAAGGAGAGCUACAGCGUGCCCACCUCAGCCUGAUAGAACGGGAUACAGAGAUCCAGUCCCUGCAGGAGCAGGCCCAGGUGCUUCACUGUGAGCUUGGAGACAAGGAGAGCAAAACUGCACUGCUGCAGCAGGAGCUGGACCAUCUGACUCACUCACUGGCCAGGACGGAGAGUGCUGAAAGCCACCUAAAGGGCAGAGUGCAAAGUUUAUCCCAAGCACUGUCUGAUGCUACUUCUGGCUCCUCCUCCCUGCAAGAGAACAUCUCCCAACUGCAGAAGGCCCUGACUGCAGCUGAGCAAGACCGUCGGCUGCUCCAGGACCGCUUGGAUUCCAUGAGACAGACCUUGUCAGACAGCAAGAGGCAGAAUCAUAACUUAACAGAAACAGUACACUUACUGCAAGAUCAGCUGGGUGAGGUGGAACAGCAGUGCAGAAAACUGGAGGGGCAGAUGGAACAUCUCCAAGAGGUUGAGCAUGAGAAAUUCAAAAAGGAAGAUGAAACCUUUAGGUUGAGUCAGAUGAGGGGGCAACUGGACCGGUCUCUGAGCAGCCUACAACAGGAAAUGGAGGACACCCUGAGGCAGAAUGAACACUUGCAGGCCCAGAUUGCAGAGCUGGAACGAACACAUGCCCAGCGACUAAUGGAGCUCACAUCAAGGCAUCAGCUGGACAUGGAGCUGGAGACAGAGAGGCUGCACAGUGCUCAACUCCAGGCUGAACGCAUGCUUGAGUCCCGGGAGAGAAACCACCGGCAGAGGGUGAAGGCCCUGGAGGAGCAGGUGAAUGCUUUAAAAGAUCAGCUGGACCAAGAAGUGAGGAGAAGACAAGCCUACAUGAGCCAGAUGCUACAUACAGUCAAAUGA